AAAGCGUCUAAGGUUACUGUUUGUCCCAAGAAGAAGAAGCACGCCCAUUUUGCUUGCACGAAGCGUCCUGGCAUAUCAGACUGACGAGGACAAAGAAACGCAAUGGACGGUGAUGUUGCAGUUGGUGUGAAGAGAGGCUCAGAUGAGCUCAACAUGUACAGUAGCAGCCCCAGCUCCAUGACAGCAAACGGCAGUGACAGCAAGAAACAGCGCCUGGACGAGUCUCCUCCCUCCAGAGUGCUCCACAUCCGGAAACUUCCUAAUGAAGUGACGGAGACGGAGGUCAUUGCUCUCGGCCUGCCCUUUGGGAAGGUUACCAACAUACUGAUGCUGAAGGGGAAAAAUCAGGCAUUUCUAGAGUUGGGUACAGAGGAGGCGGCCAUCACUAUGGUGAACUACUACACAGCUGUAACACCACAGGUCAGAAAUACUCCUGUCUUCAUCCAGUACUCUAACCAUAAAGAACUGAAAACAGAUUCAGCUCUGAACCAGAGAGCCCAGGCAGUCCUGCAGGCGGUGUCUGCGGUCCAGGAUGGAAGCUCUCCAUCCUCUGACCAGGGCGUGUUGGAGCUCGCUCCGCCCCCCAGCCCUGUGCUGCGCAUUAUUAUCGACAACAUGUUUUAUCCCGUAACGCUGGAUGUUUUACAACAGAUUUUCAGCAAGUUUGGGACUGUGAUGAAGAUUAUAACCUUCACUAAAAACAACCAGUUUCAGGCUCUUCUGCAGUUCAGUGAUCCUGUCAAUGCUCAGCAAGCUAAACUGUCGUUGGAUGGACAGAACAUCUAUAAUUCAUGCUGCACUCUGCGGAUAGACUUCAGUAAACUGGUCAACCUCAACGUUAAAUACAACAACGAUAAGAGUCGUGAUUACACCAGACCCGACCUACCAACAGGAGACGGAGAGUCAACCAACAAGGAUCAUUCUUUACUGGGUACCCCAUCAGGAGCUCUAGCUUCCUACUCUAGUGGAGGAGGUUACUCAUCAUCUCUCUCCCUCUCACAGGGUGGAGGGGCCAUCAGUCCUCUGAGUGCGGCGGCGGCGGCAGCAGCAGCUGCAGGACGUGUGGCGCUCUCCGGAUCCGGAGUGUCAGGGGUUCUGCUGGCGUCCAACCUAAACGAAGAGAUGGUCACGCCUCAAAGUCUCUUUACCCUCUUCGGAGUCUAUGGUGAUGUCCAGAGGGUGAAGAUCCUCUACAACAAAAAGGACAGCGCUCUGAUUCAGCUUUCUGAUGGCAACCAGGCUCAGCUCGCAAUGAGCCACCUGAAUGGUCAAAAGGUGUUUGGCAAAGUGAUGAGAGUGACUCUGUCUAAACACCAAACAGUAGCUCUGCCCAGAGAAGGACUGGAUGAUCAGUUACUCACCAAAGAUUUCUCUGGCUCUCCCCUCCAUCGCUUUAAGAAACCGGGGUCUAAGAACUUCCAGAACAUCUUUCCUCCAUCUGCAACACUCCACCUCUCCAACAUCAGGGAUGGAGUUGGAGAGGACGAUCUACGUCGUCUGUUUUCCAACAGCGGGGGAACCGUCAAGGCCUUCAAGUUUUUUCAGGACCGCAAGAUGGCCUUGAUCCAGAUGUCGUCAGUGGAGGAGGCGAUUCAGGCUCUGAUUGACCUUCACAACUAUGACAUGGGAGGAAAUCACCAUCUCAAAGUUUCCUUUUCAAAGUCCACCAUCUAACUGGCACAACGAGCUUCUAAACAAGAUCUUUGACUAGCAAAGAAGCCACUACCGUUUGUCUUUUUAUUUUCUAUGAAUAGUUUUGUUGGGGUUUUUCUGUUCCAGUAUUGUAAAAAUGCGGAUUCCACUAACUGUGUUUUAUUUUCUUAAACAGUCCUGCGCUGAGUUUCUGUUUUAAAGGCGGUUCUGCUUUGACCUUUUCCUACAUCUUUAAAGAGCAGCAGAACACCAGCUGAAUGUCGUUUUCCUUUAGUCCUUAUCGGACUAAAUCCACAUAAGUGUCCCUGUUGGAUUUUCUUACAG